AUGCAGCGAACGCAGUAUAAGCAAAAACUACAAGAGGCGCAGCAAGCCCUACAGAAACAAAAAGAAGAGUACGAAGCUAAGCUGCAGGAGUUGCAGCAGCAAGCUGACGAGGGACAGCUGGCGCGGGCUCCGCUGCGGCCCGCCGAUGACCCCUACUGGGACCCGCUGCCUGCCGAGUGCUACCUGGGCAGCGGCGAGCUGUACUUGAAGCCGCUCGCAUCGCAGAUAGAAAACGCAGCAAAAGUUAAACUCUUUGACUCCGAAAGCAAACAUGUUGGAGAGCUUGAAGUUGGGGUGUAUCCAGUGACAGCCGAAGGGAAGGAGCUGGCUGAUGACGACAUAAAGGAGACCCCACAAGAACUCGUCGGCACCACCAUGCCCGUAAACCCUAAACCCUAA